CUCCGCCCUCCGCCCUCCGCCCUCCGCCAUCCAUCCUCCUUUGUUCUCCUUUCUUCCUUGAUCAUUACAGUCAAGCCUCCGUCACACGUCGCCAAAGUAUUUGGAAGAGGAGCAGCAGACAUCGCAAUGACGGCUGGAGGCUCGGACAACGAGCCCGGUUUUGAGAUACUCGAAAGUCCCCGCACGAGCCUGGGCAAAGACCGGCACGGGCUUACCAAGUCGAAAAAGAGGCCUUCGGACGCUCUCGACGACGCUCUCGACGUUGACGAAGAUACCAGAGCGGAGUCAAACGAUGAACAAGAUGGAGAAGACGAAGAGUCCAGAGUGCUGAGCGGCAACGUCAUGGUCAUCGUCGAUCCGGAAGAGAAUAGGCGCAGUAACAGUAGCGCCUCGAUGAAUUCGCGGAAAAGCAAGAGCGGUACUCGCACCAGUACUAGAGCAGGCAAGACGGCCACGACUCCAAGCAAUCGUAUGAAAACGACGCCGACUAUCCGUGCCAAGACUAAGGACUUCGAAGACCUCGACGACGGAGAUACCGAUGACGAUGACGUCAGCUUCAGUGGCGACGAUCAAGACGAUGAUGAGGAGCAAAAAAAGGAGCUGGCUCCCAGACAAUCGAAGAAGGGCCCAGAAUCUAAGAGGAGAAAGGCCCCGGCCGGGAAGGGGAAGAAAAGGGAGACAGCCAAGGAGAGACGGGAAAGGGAAAAGAUCGAAAAGGGUCAGAGUACAGAGGCUCAAUCACAGGAGUCGGAGGAAGACGCGAGUGACGAGGAGGAGAAGCCGUCCAACAAGCAGGAGAGCGCAGCAGCUCGUUCCUCUCCCCCACAGGCACUUUCAAAUGAGGCCGAAACAUCUAUCGACGUUUCACCGCGACUACGCGACACGACCAACACCCAUUCCUCCGCAAUACACCCAGCCACGCCCAGUCUGAGUAAGGUCGACGCGACGGCGUCGACCACGGCCUCGUCAUCGUCCUCAUCCAGCCGUGCUGCCGAACAAAGAAGGAUGGAGCGCGAGACAAGGACACCCGAGAGCAUGCGUCGGUCCUUUUCAGGCAAGCCUCUAAAGAAUCUCUUGGGACCAUCGUCCGUCCGUCGACCAGUCCUUUCCAAGCGGGUCACAAUUCCGUCUCUGCACCUGAAUCGCAAGCCUCCCCCACCAUCUCGCGCGCCAAUCCCAUCCAAGGACAAGAAAAAGGCCGGCGAAGAGGAGGAGCUGGACAGCGAAGAGGAGGAAAGGAGGCGCAACGAGACGCCAGAGCAAAAGAUGAGGAGGCUCAUCAUGAUGAACGACGAAGAGAGUUGGGCUCCGCCCGCUGGUUGGAAGCUGGGACAGAACGGCGGGGAGGGUGUCUCGUCGUCUGCUCCUGGUGGAUUGGACCUUCGUGAGGAUGACGGCGCUGCCUCUCCAGCUCGAAGCUGGGACGAUGACUAGACCAAACGCUCUCGCGCCUU